AUGAUGUCCACACCAUCGUCUUCCACGCGUCUUCCCCCGACCUCCCCGCAGGUCACCUCGUCGGUCGUGAAGUUUCGCUGCCUGUACACUCAUGACCUACGCCGCAAGUCCAAACGAUGGCACGAUGGCUACCUACGGUAUCAUAAAUUCAACAAACGUGUCAUGGUCUACGAUGACCAAGGAAAUUUUAUCGGCGACCACCACUGGCGAUCCCCCGAUGAUGUACAAGAUGGCGACGAAAUGGAGCUGGACAAGGGAGUCCUAAUUGAGGUGACCGAGAACAUGGGCACAAGUGAGACGGAUAUAACAACCCUAUACGAAAAGAAGAAAUCCAGCCAGGGUUCGCCACAGACCAGAGACCCGGUGUCCCAAGUCCCCCGCACCUCCACCUACACCUCAGCGUCUGCCUCCACCUCGGCACCUCUUCGUUCAUCCGGUUCGUCCCAGUCAUUUCGCUCACUCAAUGAUUUGCUGGGCAUUAAAAGGACUCCAAUCGGACAUUUGGUGUCUCCAUAUGAGCAAAGGAAUCCUCCAUGGCCAGCCUCCAGCAUCCAGGAACCUGAACGAGCCGCGAAGCGACAAAAGACAUCGGCGGCGGUGAAUCGAAGCGCUGAGAAAGGCCCGCAUGCCCAGAGCGAGGUCAUUGAUUUAACCGAUUCAACCGCAACUCAGGGACUCUCCGCGAGGCGAAGGCCAAACCAAGUAGUAAAAGAACCAUCCAGAGCCGGGGGUGAUUCUACGACUGAUGUACUCCUGACAAAUAGUAAGCAGAGGUCAACACUUCAGUCAAAACAGAUUCGUCCACAAAGACCCAAUCCUCCUUCAUUUUUAAGAGUCUCUGCUUCAGCUGCAUCCGAACCAACCUCCGGCCUACCAACACCCGAGGAGGUAAUCCCUACGUCCAACAACAGUGACCAGCCUAGGCCCCUAGGCAAUAAAUCGAAAGAUGCACCGCCGCAUAUCCAGCCACCAAGACCCCUCCUGCCCUCAUCAAAGGAUUCUCUUCCUCCUGUAACCUCAGAAACAGAAAUACCCAGGCCUCGAGAGGACCUGCGCGUGGAGCAGCCAUCAAUCCACCGUGAGAACGAGUCAAGAGCUGUGUCACGUCCCAUCCCACCACAAAGGUCUCACCCUCCGACGGUUUCAAGAAGCUCUCUUCCAAUUGCACCCAAACCCUCUGGUGGAUCUACACCACAGGCGCCAGUGCGUGCAGUCACAAAUUAUGUGAGACCUAUCGAACCCGCAGGCAAUCAAGCUUCAACCAACGUUCCACGUUCAGCCAACGUUCCAGCUUCAACAAACAUGCCACCUCCGUCACGUCCAUCUUCCGCGCUAGGCUCUGGUGCACCUACGGCAGCUCUACGCAUGGGAACCGGAAAGCCACGCAGAAAGUUAAUGUACAGUGCUUUACUGCCCAGCGCUUCACGAACUCCAUCGCCAGCGACCUCAGAUACACCACCUGGUAGUGCAACCCGUGGACCCGUCACAGAUACCCCGGAGCAACAGCUGCCCGCCGCUCCAGAUAAUUCCUCAACAUCAAUUGAAGAGUUUAUGCCUUCGAGCUCAACCCAAUGUAUCUUCGACGAAAUGAUAGAUGGAUCAGGGUUCAAAUCGCCCUCCACGAUCAAAGGGUUAACCGGGAAAAGAUCUCUCGAUUCGCCCUUGCACAAAUCGAUGUCGGACCCGACUGCCUUAACGGCCCGCCAGGCCCGGGCAGGAGGAUCCUUUCACGCAGCCAACCAGGAAAACGAGCCCAAAGAGCAAGGGCCCUGGACAUCCGAGGCAUUGGAUUUGUUUGACUUCUGGCCUGCCGGACGACCGAAACCGAUCGAAUGA